GAUGAACAUAAGCUCAGUCUGAGGAGGAAAUGUGAACAUGUGACUGAAGGAAGUGAUGAAACAGGAAGUAGAACCCUCCUCAACAGGAUCUACACUGAGCUCUACAUCACAGAGGGACAGAGUGAAGAGGUUAAUACUCAACAUGAGGUGAGGCAGCUUGAGACGGCUUCCAAGAGGAAGAGCCUCCACGACACUCCCAUCAAGUGCCACGACAUCUUUAAAGCCUCCAUUGACCAGCAGAGAAGCAUCAGAGUCGUCCUGACCAACGGCGUCGCUGGCGUUGGGAAAACCUUCUCGGUACAGAAGUUCACUCUGGACUGGGCAGAGGGUUUAGAAAACCAGGAUGUGCGUCUGCUGACUGUGCUUUCGUUCAGGGAGCUGAACCUGGUGAAGGACCAGCAGCACAGUCUCCUCACACUGCUCCGUGUUUUCCAUCCAGCGUUACAGAAGCUCACGGCAGAGAUGCUGGCUGUCUGUAAACCUUUGUUCAUCUUUGACGGCCUGGAUGAAAGCAGACCUUCUCUGGACUUCAACCACAGGGAGCUUGUGUCUGAGGUCACACAGAGGUCAUCAGUCAACGUGCUGCUGACAAACCUCAUCCGGGGGAAUCUGCUUCCCUCUGCUCUCGUCUGGAUAACCUCCAGACCUGCGGCGGCCAAUCAGAUCCAUCCUACAUGUGUUGACAGGGUCACAGAAGUACGAGGCUUCACUGACGCCCAGAAGGAGGAGUACUUCAGGAGGAGAUUCAGUGAUGAAGAGCUGUGCAGCAGAAUCAUCUCACACAUCAAGACGUCCAGCAGCCUCCACAUCAUGUGUCAAAUCCCAGUCUUCUGCUGGAUCAGUGCUACAGUUCUGGAGCACAUGUUGACCACAGACCAGAGAGGAGAGCUGCCCAAGACCCUGACUGACCUGUACUCACACUUCCUGCUGGUUCAGACAAAGAGGAAGAACAACAAGUACGGUGAGGAACAUGAGACGAGUCCACAGCAGCUGACGGAGGCUGACAGAGACGUUCUCCUGAAGCUGGGGAGGCUGGCGUUUAAACAUCUGGAGGAAGGAAACAUCAUGUUCUACCAAGAAGACCUGGAGCGGUUUGGUCUUAAUGUCACAGAGGCCUCUGUGUACUCAGGAUUUUGUACUGAGAUCUUCAAAAGAGAGUGUGUGAUCUUCCAGAAAUCAGUCUACUGCUUUGUUCAUCUGAGCGUUCAGGAGUUCCUGGCUGCAGUCUACAUGUUCCACUGUUACACCAAGAGGAACACAGAAGAACUCAACAACUUCUUGGGAACAGAUGGAGACACAGACAGUACCUUAUCCCUGGAUGACCUCCUGAAGAGAACCAUGGAGAAAUCCCUCACCAGUACAAAUGGUCAUCUGGACCUGUUUGUUCGCUUCCUUCACGGCCUCAGUCUGGAGUCCAAACAGAGAGUCUUAGGAGGCCUGCUGGGUCAGACAGAGAACAAUCCAGAGAUCAUCCAGAGAGUCAUCAACAACCUGAAGGAGAUGGAGAGUGAUGACAUUUCUCCUGACAGAAGUAUCAACAUCUUCCACUGUCUGACUGAGAUGAACGACCACUCAGUUCAUCAGCAGAUGCAACAGUUCCUAACGUCAGAGAACAGAUCAGAGGAGGAACUCUCUGAGAUCCACUGCUCAGCUCUGGCCUACAUGCUGCAGAUGUCAGAGGAGGUUCUGGAUGAGUUGGACCUGAAGAAGUUCAACACAUCAGACCAGGGUCGACUGAGACUGAUCCCAGCUGUGAGGAACUGCAGGAAGGCUCUACUCUGUGGAAAGACUCUGUGGCCAGGAGUGAGUUUCCUCUCAGAGACUCACUGUGAAGUCGUGGCCUCAGCUCUGAAGUCAGACCCCUCACAUCUGAGAGAACUGGAUCUGAGUCUAAACAACCUGAAGGAUUCAGGAGUGAAGCUGCUGUGUUCUGGACUGGAGAGUCCAAACUGUCGACUGGAGACUCUGAGGUUUUGGAGCUGCAGUCUCUCAGAGAUCAGCUGUUCUUCUCUGGCUUCAGCUCUGAGGUCAAACCCCUCUCAUCUGAGAGAACUGAAUCUGAGUAACAACAACCUGCAGGACUCAGGAGUGAAGGAGCUGUGUGGUUUUCUACAGAGUUCAACCUGUCGACUGGAGACUCUGGGUUUGAGGAGCUGCAGUCUGACAGAGAUCAGCUGUUCUUCUCUGGCUUCAGCUCUCAGGUCAAACCCCUCUCAUCUGAGAGAACUGGAUCUGAGCUUCAACAACCUGCAGGACUCAGGAGUGAAGGAGCUGCUUGAUCUGCAGCAGAGUCCAACCUGUCAUCUGGAGACUCUGAGGUGGGAGGGGAGACCUUUGUGGAUGGAGGAGGCAUCUUUGUGGAGCUGAGAGUGAAGAGGACA